ACAAACUCCUAUAUAUACAAAAAAAUAUCUUGGUCCAAAAUAGAAAUAUUCAUACAAUAUUUUCCUCUCUUUAUUCUUGUAACAACAUUUUCCCUUUAUGGCUGAUCAGCAAAAAAUCCAUCCGGUUUCGGUUCCGGAGCCGGUGCAGGUAGCCCCGCUACCCAAGCCCACAGCUCCGUUGGUGCCACGUGGCUCUUCCCGUUCAGAGAACGGGGAUCCUGAACGUCAGCAACCACCACCACCACUGAAAAGAUCGUUAACCCCAUAUUCACCCUUAAAACCACCAAAAAAGAAAAGAGGCUGCUGCGUAAGAUGCCUAUGUUGGUCAUGUUGCCUAUUUUUCCUACUAAUCGUACUCAUAGGCAUCGCAGCAGCCGUAGUUUACCUAGUCUUCCAACCAAAAUUACCAAAAUACUCCGUCGAUAGCAUGAGAAUUACCCAAUUUAACCUCAACACUGACACGAGCUUGUCUGCGACAUUUAACGUGAACAUAACCGCAAGAAAUCCCAACAAACGAAUCGGAAUUUACUACGAAAACGGAAGCCAUUUGAGUGUAUGGUACAAAGGCACAAAUUUAUGCGAAGGGAAAUUACCUAAGUUUUAUCAAGGUCAUAGAAAUACUACGCAACUCAACGUUCACUUAACAGGACAAACACAGAAUGCUACAAAUUUGUUACAAUUAUUGCAAGAAGAUCAACAGAAAGGCAAAAUUCCAUUGAAUAUUCGAGUUAAGGUUCCUGUGAGGAUUAAAUUGGGCAAAUUGAAGCUAAUGAAAUGGAAAUUCUUGUUGAAGUGCAGCCUAAACGUGGAUAAUUUAUCUCCGGAUAAUGUUAUUCGGAUUAGGGAUAAUAAGUGUAAGGUUCGUUUUAGGUUUUAAUUGGUACAUUAUAUUAUUUUUCUUGAUUACUAUAAUCCACCACGCACUAUUUUAUUUUUUGUCUACAACAAUAAGGUGGAGGAUUGUAUAUAGAUAGAUUGUAUUAAUUUUUUUCCUGUUGAGCUUGUUACAAUAAUGGGAUGCGUUUAUGCAUCAUUCUGUUCAUACUAUUUUGUAUUUAUA